AUGCUCCCGCCGAACCCUCCCCCGUCAUCCACCACCCAUGAGUCUGUCGCCGAUGUCGAGGCCUCUGUUCUGAGCAUCAAGCCUCCGUUACCGAGCCGGCGCCCUCGCACCGCCCAGUCGCCUAACAAUGCCGAAGUCCAGGUCCCGCCUCUCGUCGCCGGCGCUCUCGUCGCCGCAUUCGCCACCGCCCUGGCCGAUGGACUGAACAACGACCUCCUCACCCACUACUACUUACCAGAGCAAAAGGUUCGCAUCAACAUCGACCGCGUGCUGGACCGCAUCUUGUCUGAAUUCACCGGCCAACUCUGGGACGAGCUCUGGCACUUCUAUAGCCAAUCCAACCCCGAGUCGGCACGCCAAGUCAAGCUCUUAUUUGACGGCCCCAUAUGCCAAUUGUUCCUCGUUCUCAACGGACCCGAGACUCCGCGAUGUAUCCUCGACAAGAUAGGCCCGGGCAUCACACGCCGGCCUGCCACAUGGUCGUCCACUGCGCGAGGCAUUGAUCUGCCUUUGGCAUUGCAGCUGCUUUGUAGCUUCUGGGACCGCGAGUUCCCCGCACGCUCAACUGGAGGAUCGCCAGAAGACAUCGCCCGCUCACUACACACCUACAUCACCACUGGCGAAUCCGCCAAGGCCCUCAUCGCCAAGAUCCGUGAGGUCUUGAUCUCCCCUCACUAUGUACAAAUGCACCUCAUGGAGUCUGCAAUCUGGGAUAUCCUAAUGAAGAGGCGUUUCCCGCCGCCCACGGACGGAUUCCACGUCAUUCAAUUCAAGUUUGAGUGCCAGCUCUUUGGCCCCCUAGAAGGUAUCGGGGAUCCACAACUGGUUAGCAUGGGAUCGUUGCCGGCCAUUACUGGAACAGCGAAUGACUGCGUUUACACCACCGUAUCCGAGUACACCUCCAAACAAUGGCCCAAAUGCGGUUCCAUGCUGUUGGGCUGCAUCGAAGAUGCUGUGAAGCAGGCCUCUAUUUCAUGCCGCGAAGGCCAGGCAUUCGCCGGCAUGUCUCUCUGGGACGGCACCGACGGCAAAGACGUUUAUUGUCCGAGUCUUCGCCUUCUACAUCUUGAAGUCGAGGACGGAUCUAUCCGACUCAGCGUUUCCGCUUGGACGCAUACCAUGAUCGAGAUCCUACAGCAAAUGGCCUGGACGUGCGCGGCCCUGAGCGCCUCGCCUUUCCCUGGCGCGCUGUCCGAGUGCGCCGUUGAGGUUUCGGACUGGACAUAUUUAGACGACUCGAUCUACGUCGACUGCAGCCUGUCGCAUCGGCCAGUCCCAGAGGGCGACGGGGCCGCGUGGUUGAAGCAGCUGCAAGGUGCUGCAAUCGCCAAUGGCUUCCCGAUCAAGCACAGCGCCACCGUAUCAUCAUAA